AUGCCGCAAUGCGCCAUUAGCUCGUUAGCAUUUGCUUCUGGAGCAAUUGCAACGGCUGCCGGUGUUGGAUAUGUCUUUGGUCGUCCAGCCAAGAAAAAAAGACAUUCUUCAAGAUUAUCAACAUUAUCAACGCAUUCAAUGCCUUCAUCAAAAAGUCCAUUUAAACGAUUUAAAUUAUUUCUUUCAAAACAUAAACAUCUUUCCCCUACAAAAAACAUUUUACAUUCAACAACUAUACAUCCUUUAAUGGUUCAUGUUGAUAAUCUUGUAGAUGAUGAUGUUUCUUCUACAUAUUCUGAUGUUACAAGUGUAUAUACCAUUGAUCGUAAAAUAAGUUCAACUCCAAAUAUACCUGGUGUUUUAGCUCAGGCUUUUGAUAGUUCUUCUGCAGUUGGUUCUUUCAAUCCUAGAGCAAGGUCUUCCUUACCAUCUUUACCAAUAUCCGAAACUCCUCCUCCAAAGUUUCGACAUAAUCGUUCAAAUUCUUUACCUCCAACUGCUUUUUCACCAACUGCUUUUUCAAAAAGUUUUUAUCGACAACCUACUCCAAGUGAAAGUUGGGAUGAUGACUUUGACUUGGACGAUGAAAUAAAUGUUCCUAAUUCCGUUGAACAAGCUCAAUUCUCUUUAAGGAUGGAUAUUACCAAUAUCCGGGAUUUCGUUUCUCAAAUUGAAGAAUUAAAAGUGUUACGUAACAAAAAGCUGUUCCUUUCUUCAACAAUUCAAUCAAAGAUUACUAGGAAAUGGUCAAACGGAUUUACUAAAUCAAAAAAAAAGAGUAAAAAAUAUAAAGAUCUAGAAUCUCGAUUUAAACAAGAUUGGGAAGAAGCAGCAGUUAUAAUUGAUCUUUCCGACGUGGCAAAAGAUAGGGGGGAACCAACAUUUGAUGGUGGAAAAAGAGUCGCUGUUGAUGUUGAUAUUGAAAAAAUACCUUCUGAGAGACAUAUGCAAGUAUUAAAAAAGAUUAUGGUAGACGAAUUAGGUGAAGAAAAUGUUGAUGACGUAAUUAUGGAUGAUGAUAAAGAAAAUCGUUAUGAUAGUGAUCACUCAGAUUCGACUUCUAGUAGUGGUCAUAAUCCAAAAAAACAAAAAUUAGCUGAUGGAAAGAGUAUUAUUAAUCAUGGAAAGUCAAAACGAAAAGAAAAUUUUAGAAUAAGUGUUGAAAUAGUGCCAAGUUUGAUUGAUCAUUUAAAAAAAUUACAGGACAGAUUAUCUGAACAUGUAGAUAAACUAGGUGCCUUGGCAU